AUCAGCAGAAGAAGAAACCCGGAAGUCUUGAUGUUGUAGGGGAACACUUCGUUCCUGUCAAAAUGGCUCGUCUACCAGCAUUCAACGUUGCUGUUGUUUCUACUGUUUUAUUGAUCGUAUGGACAGAUUUUGUGUGUUGUAAUAACGGUAGGAGGGUCGGUGAUAAUUUGGAGACUGAAUUCAGCGGUUUCUCUGUGCCUCUUGAACACUCAUUUGAAGUCGAUGAUGUAGCAAGGUUUCGGGUACGUGGUUCUCUGGUGUUGAAAGCUGGAAGGGAGCCGAGUGUCUCACUGUCUCAGAACCAGCUCUCAGAGGAGGACAGAACCAAACUGAAGGAAGUGGCAGCAGUGGACGGACUGUACAGAAUCCGAGUUCCUCGAGUUUUCCUGCAGGCGGACAGACAGACGGAGCGGCAGAUGGAAGGUUACCUCACAGCAUUUGUCAGAGCUUGUGCCAUGGUCGAGUCCCAUCUGAGCGACGUGAUCUCCCUCCACACCGACGUCUCUGGGUACCUCAUCGGCGUCUCCAUAGUGACGUUCCCUGGAGCCUGUAGAGGCACUGAGGUCGAGGAUGAAGUCGAUCUGGAGGUUUUCAACACCACACUCAGCAUCAUGGCUCCUGUCAAUGCACCAGGACCUGAGACUGCUCUGUUCCUCGAACGAAUGGAACAGGAAUCUGAGAAGAAAGGGAAGAAUCCACAAGAGCAGAAGUCCUUCUUUGCUAAAUAUUGGUAUUUGAUUCUGGGAGGUGCAAUCUUCCUCAUGGUCUCCAAUUCGGCACAGCCCCCAGCAGGGGGAGGCAGAGAGCAGAGCUGAUUCCCACUGAAUGGAUGUACAUCGUUCCUCUGGUUCUCUUUUUGAUGAUGUCCGGCGCUCAGGAUCAGUCCGGAGGAGGAGCCGGCGGCGGAGCUGCUAAUGGAGGCGGCCGAUGAUCAACAAGAUCUUUUGUUUUUGUUAACAUACUGAACAAAAAUAACAGUUUUAAUUGCUGUACAUAAUGCUAUUUAAAGAGGAUAAAUGUUUGGCACUCACAAAUUAAACCUGUACAGUAGAGAGGAGAUAUUGUGUCCUGCUGAUGACUGCAAUUUUUAAUGUGAAAAUAAAGUAUUUAUAACUUCA